AUGAUUGCACUGCAAUUCGUUGUAACGUUUCUAUUAGCAUUAACGGUUUCUGCGCAUAACGUCGCUUUACCACCAUAUGGUCGAAGAUGCUUUUUCGAGGAUUUAAACAAAGGUGAUGAAAUUUCAAUUUCAUUCCAAUUUGGUGAUAGGGACCCUCAAUCAUCAACACAGUUAACUGGUGAUUUUUUCCUCUAUGAUUCGAAUGGUAAAGACGUCUUAAAGGCUAGUAGAGAUGUUUCUUAUGGUGACGCAACUAUAAAUGCACCAACAAAGGGUAGAUAUUCAUACUGUUUUUCAAAUGAAAAUUCCAAUUCUCAGACAAAAGAUGUUACUUUCAACGUCCAUGGUGUUGUUUGGAUUGAUUUAGAUGAUCCAAAUUCUGAUACUUUAGAUAGCGCUGUUAGAAAAUUAUCAAAAUUGAUUAAAGAGGUGGAGGAUGAACAAAGUUAUAUUGUAAUUAGAGAAAGGACGCACAGAAACACUGCAGAAUCAACAAAUGAUCGUGUCAAAUGGUGGUCAGUCUUUCAACUAGGUGUCGUUGCUAUCAACUCUUUAUUUCAAAUAUACUAUUUGAAAAGAUUCUUCGAAGUUACCUCGAUGGUCUAA